AGCAUGAACUAAAUGGAAAACCAUAGUCCUCUUGCAUUCCUCUUGCUCUGUUUUCUACCCUCCUCUCCUUCUCUGUAACAUUGGAGAAUUUGCUUGUGCGUUGGUUUAGGCAUAAUGGUGCUUGCGGAUCCAACUCUGAGUCUUACUGCUUCCAUACUCGCAAUAUCCGCUUUGGUUGCCAAGGGGAUGCCAUGGAUCCUUGCAUUUGGGCUCGACUUUGAUGAUCUUUCGAGAACAGCAAGCAUAAUCCAAGAAAUCGUUACUCGCGCAAAUGAAGAGCAGAUUCGAGCGACGCAAAACUGGUUGCUAGAUUUUCAAGAUGCCUUUUGUGAUCUACAAGACUUAAGGGACACUACGGAAAUCCCAGAAUAUUUGAGGGGAGGUAAUCCUUUCUGUUCUAUACGCACUUGGUGUAAGAUUAAGAAAAUGAAAGAUAGGUUUCAUCAGCUCAGGAAAAGAGCUCAAUUCAUCCAAACUCUCGUUGUUAACGAGGGUGCCUGCAGUCCCGGGCUCUCUUCUACUGCUUCUCAUGUGGAUAUUGCUACCAUUUUUGGUAGAGACAACGCUAAAGAGGAAAUAAUAAAGAUGUUGUUUAGCACAGCAUACCGCAGAGACGGUUGCGUAACAGUCAGUCGCAUCGUUGGAAUGACAGGCGUGGGAAAAACAACUCUUGCCCAAAUCGUCUACAAUGACGAUAGAGUAAGGGAACAUUUUGACCGUACGAUGUGGGUCUGUGUCAACCACGAUUUUGACCAUUCUAGGAUUCUGAGAGAGAUGAUGGUGUCUGAUUCUCAGAAGAUCAAUUACACCAGUUCAUCCCAGAACCAGUUGUAUGAGGAAUUUCUAAAGUUUGUGGGCGAAAAAAAAAGGGUCUUACUUGUUCUAGAUGGUGUCCGGACGUUUAACAAUGGAGACUGGAACAAGCUUCUCUAUCUCCUAAAAAUGGGAGAGAUAGAAAGCAGUGUUUUGGUUACCAGCCAAAGAAGUGAUGUUUGCAGUGCUAUGGGAAUGGGAGUUCAAAAUGUUUACACCCUGGACCCUUUGAACGACUCCGGAUCGUGGGCUUUGUUCCAACAAAGUGCAUUUACACAAGGCAAUUGUCCCCCGGAACUUGAAAGUUUCGGAAGGGAAAUCGUGGGCAAGUGCAAGGGUUUGCCUUUGGCAGUCAAGGCAAUGGGAGGCCUUUUGCAGAACAAUCUUGAUGCAAGAAAAUGGCGAAAAAUCUCGCAACUUGACGUAUGUGAAGCCGAGAAGGUGUGCAGGUCUGAGAAGCCUAACAUUUUGCCUAUGCUGAAAGUGAGUUAUAAUCAUCUGCCUUCCUAUUUAAAGCCGCUCUUUUCCUACUGUUCCUUAUUACCUAAGGGGCAUUCAUUCAACCAGAAGGAGUUGGCCCAAUUUUGGAUGGCGGAAAGUUUAAUCCAACCCCAAGGACAAGAAACAAUGGAGGAGACUGCAAGUGAACAUUUCGAUGAUUUGUUAAUGAGGUCCUUCUUUCACAGGAUAAGUCCUCACAAUAAGAGCCAAGAUUACAAUUACAUGAUGCAUGACCUGUACCAUGAGUUGGCGCGAUACAUCUCUAGCCCCUAUUGUUGCCCAGUGGAAGAUAGCAAGAAACACAAUUUCUCUGCAAAAAUUCGUCAUAUAUCAUUGGGCUGCAGAGAUGUAGAAGAAGUUGUUUUCGAUGUGGAAGAAGCUGUUUUGGAGAUUAUUGAUAAAUGUAAAAAGGUGCGCACACUCUUGUUUCCCAACUAUCAUUUGAAGAAAGAGUUUGGACAAGCCCUUGACAAAAUGUUCAAGAGUCUGAAAUACAUGCGGGUGUUGGAUCUGAGCUCAAGCACAAUCCUCGAACUACCAAAAUCAGUUAAAGAGUUGAAACUGUUACGCUACCUCAAUCUCUCCAAAACUGAAAUCAAAAGGCUCCCUGACUCUAUUUGCAAACUCUUCUAUCUGCAAACCCUAAAACUGUUGGAGUGUCCACAAUUCUCCCAAUUGCCCCAAAACUUGGCCAAGCUAAUAAACCUGCGACAUCUUGAGCUAGAUGAAGAGUUCUGGUGCAAGACCACCAAGUUGCCACCAAGAAUUGGGAGCUUAACCAGUUUGCAUACCUUAUAUAAGUUUCCAAUUCGGCGUAAGGUCGGGUAUGGAAUUGAAGAGCUGGAGGGCAUGUCAUACCUAACAGGAAUGUUGUAUAUUUCAAAACUUGAGAAUGCAGUGAAUGCAGGGGAAGCAAAAUUGAACAAGAAAGAAAGCCUUCGCAAACUGGUGUUGGAAUGGAGCUCUGGGGAUGAUGCUCUACAAGAUGAAGCCGCACAAUUGAGGGUGCUUGAAGACUUACGGCCUCACUCAGACCUUAAAGAGCUCCAAAUUUUUAACUUCAGGGGUACCGUAUUUCCACUUUGGAUGACAGAGGGGCAGCUCCAAAAUCUGGUUACUGUUUCCUUAAAAUUUUGCACAAGAUGCAGAGUCCUCUCACUGGGUGGGCUACCCCACCUUGAAAAAAUCAACAUUAAAGGAAUGCAGGAGUUGGAAGAAUUACAGGAAUUGGGGGAGUACCCUUCCCUAGUUUUUUUAAAGAUCAGUUACUGCCGCAAGCUGAUGAAGUUGCCAUCUCACUUUCCUAAUUUAGAAGAUCUGAAGAUCAAAGAUUGCGACUCUCUCAAGACCCUUGCUGUGACCCCACUUCUGAAAGUUCUAGUACUAGAUGACAAUCUUGUUCUGGAAGAUUUGAAUGAAGUGGAUCAUUCCUUCUCUAGUCUUUUGGAAUUGAAGAUUAAUGGUUGCCCAAAGCUGAAGGCAUUACCACAAAUAUGUACCCCAAAGAAGGUGGAGAUUGGUGGGUGUAAUUUACUGGAAGCCCUCUCAGCCCGAGAUUACUCCCAACAACUUGAGCACUUGAUCCUGGAUGAAUGCGAGGAUGAAACACUGGUAGUGGGGGCAAUACCAAGGAGCACUUCUCUAAACUCUUUGGUCAUUUCAAACAUCUCAAAGGCAACCUGUUUCCCCAAGUGGCCUCAUCUUCCUGGUCUCAAGGCUUUGCACAUCCGUCAUUGCAAAGAUCUGGUAGCUUUAUCCCAAGAAGCAUCACCAUUCCAAGAUUUGACCUCUCUCAAACUCUUGUCCAUCCAAGGCUGCCCCAAACUUGUGAAAUUGCCUCGUGAAGGACUCCCCACGACACUAGAAUGUUUGACUCUUAGUUACUGCACAAAUCUUGAGUCCCUUGGUCCCAAUGACGUGCUGAAGAGCCUCACCUCCCUCAAGGGUCUUCACAUCAAGCAUUGCCCCAAUGUUCAUUCAUUACCAGAGGAUGGUGUUUCUACUUCCCUUCAACAUUUGGUAAUUGAAGGAUGUCCCACACUAAGAGAGCAAUUUAGACCAGACGGAGGUUUAGAUUGGCCAAAGAUCAUGCGCAUCCCUCACAUAGAGAUUGAUUCCACCCAAGUAUCACCGUCCCUUGAUUUGUCAAAUCAAGUGCAAGGUCACCCCAAAGCAUCUUCAACUCGUUGGUAUCAUCAUCUUAUGCCACGGAAAGGAGGAAAGAUUGAAGGGAAGCAUCCAGCGGAGGCAUCAAAUUCAGCAGAACAUAGACCAAAUGUUAAAAGAAAAGGACCCCCCGAACCAUCAAGUUUAGGAGAACGCAGACAAACUUUUGAUAAGGGGACAAUAGAACUACCAAAUCUGGUAAAACACGAAAGAAAUUUUGAAAAGGAGAGGCUAGAACCAUCAAAUUUGCUAGAACAUGAAAGAACUUUUGACAAUGAGAUGGCAGAACCAUCAAAUUUGGAAGAACAUGGAAGAACUUUUGACGAGGAGAAGCAAGAACCAUCAAAUUUGGGAGAACAUGAAAUAACUUUUUCCAAGGAGAUGCUAGAACCAUCAGAUUUGGCAGAACAUGUUGAGUACGCACAACUUGAAAGAACGUUUGACCAAGAGAUGCUAGAACCAUCAGAUGUAGCAAAACAUGAAAGAAAUUUUUACAAGGAGACGCUAGCACCAUCAGAUUUGGUAGAACAUGGAAGAACUUUUGACGAGGAGAAGCAAGAACCAUCAAAUUUGGGAGAACAUGAAAUAACUUUUUCCAAGGAGAUGCUAGAACCAUCAGAUUUGGCAGAACAUGUUGAGUACGCACAACUUGAAAGAACGUUUGACCAAGAGAUGCUAGAACCAUCAGAUUUAGCAAAACAUGAAAGAAAUUUUUACAAGGAGACGCUAGCACCAUCAGAUUUGGUAGAACAUGGAAGAACUUUUGACGAGGAGAAGCAAGAACCAUCAAAUUUGGGAGAACAUGAAAUAACUUUUUCCAAGGAGAUGCUAGAACCAUCAGAUUUGGCAGAACAUGUUGAGUACGCACAACUUGAAAGAACGUUUGACCCAGAGAUGCUAGAACCAUCAGAUUUAGCAAAACAUGAAAGAAAUUUUUACAAGGAGACGCUAGCACCAUCAGAUUUGGUAGAACAUGAAGGAACUUUUGACGAGGAGAAGAAAGAACCAUCAAAUUUGGGAGAACAUGGAGCAAAUUCUAAAAUGGAAGAGAGCCCCGGAGAACCAUCAAGAGAACCAUCAAGUUCACCAUUACAAUAUUACAAGAGAAUGGAGCCAGGAGAAUCAUCAAAUUUAGCAGAAAAUAAGCUUGAGAGUCAUGAGAAACAGAGCGCCAUCUCCACUGGUUCCAUUUCUAAUGGUGGGUGCCCUUUGGCUGCUUAUAUGUGGCCCUACACUCCUAUCUCUUCUGGGAAGUUUAGUGAUUCUCUUUGUUGCAGACUCAGAAGGCAGGUUCACCUUCUCUAUUGUGAUGGUGCUUCUCACACUACUGUUGUUGGUACUGAUACAGUGGCCUACUGUGUUGUUUCCGGGUCGUCGUCGUUCCAUGUAUUUUUCUUCUGCAGUCCAGCAAACCAGUAGCUCUGGGUAUGAUGGUGGUGGGUUUGGUCUUGGAACUUUGAUUAUGGUUGUGCUGUACUUCAUUCUGUGUAGUCUGGUGUGAGGUCCUGUCAUAUUUGAUAGGAGGCUUCUGUGUACAUUUAAAAGGAAAAGGAACAGGUUUCAUGGAUUGUUUUCCUUUUGGAGAAUAUACAAUUUGCAAAAUCCAUGGAUUAA